ACAAACCCCCCGGAGGAAAACACACCCACGCCGCCGCCGCCGCCGCCGCCGCGACGAGGAGGCGAUCGAGAGGCAGCCAUGGGGGCUCCCCGCGCGCGGCGGUGGAAGCUGCUGCUCCCGCCCUUCCACUCCGCCAAGCGCAAGCCGCCGCUGCCGCCCCCUCCGCCGGCGCCAGUGGCUGUGGCUCCGGCCCCGGGGAAGGAGGAGGAGGAGGAGGUGAUGCCGGAGGAGUUCCUGUGCCCGAUCUCGGGGGCACCCAUGGCCGACCCGGUCAUCCUGCCGCCGGGGAGGACGUACGAGCGCGCCUGCGUCGACGCGUGCGCGGGCCUCUCGCUCUGCCCGCCCGGCGCCUCGGCGGCAACGGCGGCCGCGAUACCCAACGACGCGCUCAGGGCGGCCAUACGGACGUGGUGCGCGCGGCACGGGCGCGCGCCGCCUGCGCCGCCUUCCGCCGCGGAGGCGCGGGAGGCGGCGCUCCUCCGCGCGGUGCCUGCGGCUGCGGCGAGGACAACGACGGUGGCGGCGAUGGUGCCCGCGAGGUCGUCGUCCAACCUGUCGUGCUCCUCCCGGGCGUCCGCCGCGUCCACGUCUUCGUCCGGGUCGUCGUCGGAGAUGGCUACGGUGGAGGUCCCGCGCGCGAAGGAGGUGGCGGAGUUGCGGGUCGCUGAAGCGGAGGAGGAGAUGGAGAAGGAGAAGGAGGUGGCGGUGUUGCGUGUCGCUGAAGCGGAGGAGGAGAAGGAGGUGGCGGUGCUGCGGGUCGCUGAAGCGAAGGAGGAGGAGGAGGAGGUGGUGAUGGUGGUGGCGAAGGUGGUAGAGAAAGGGGACGAGGAUCAGGUGGAGGCGGCCAUGGCGGUGCUGCUGCGGGAGACGCGGGAGAGCGAGGAGAGGAGGCGAGCGCUCUGCGUGCCGCGGCUACUCGCCGCGCUUCGCCGCGUGCUGCACUCCAAGCGGCACACACCCAAGGCGCACGCCGACGCCGCCGCGGCGCUGGCCAACCUCACCAACGAGCCGGAGAACAGGAUCCCCAUCGUCCGCGCGGGCGCCGUUACGGCGCUCGUCGAGGUGCUCUCCUUGGGCACCGCAUCACCGGAGGCCUGCGAGCACGCGGCCGGCGCGCUCUUCGGCCUCGCGCUGGACGAGGAGAACCGCGCCGCCAUCGGCGUUCUCGGCGCCGUCCAGCCACUACUCGACCUCUUCACAUCCCGAGACCACGCCCCGCGCGCGCGCCGCGACGCCGGCAUGGCGCUGUAUCACCUCUCCCUCUCCGCCGUGAACCAAUCCAAGCUCGCCCGCGCCCCGGCCGCGGCCAAGAACCUGCUCUCCAUCGCGUCGGACUCCACCACAGCCGAGCCCAUGCCCAUCCGCCGGCUGGCGCUCAUGGUGAUCUGCAACCUGGCCAAGUGCGCGGAAGGCCGGGCCGCGCUGAUGGACACGGGCGCCGUGGCGACGGUCUCCGCCAUCCUCUCCGACGACACCCACCGCUCCGAGCUGGAGGAGCUCUGCGUCGUGGCAUUGUUCGGCAUGAGCAGGGGGAACCCGCGGUUCCGGGGGCUCGCCAGAGCGGCCGGCGCGGACCGACCCCUCAUCCUCAUCUCCGAGCGAGCGCCCGCCGGCGCGCACAAGGAGAUGGCGCGGAAGGCGCUGCGCGUCGUGCUCGGCCUGGGCGACGACAGCGAGCGCGACCUGCCGGACUUCAUGAACAGUGCACGCAACGUCAACGGCAUCGCCGGUUCAUCCGUGCCGGUCCAUCGCCGGCGCGCCGCGAGCUGGGCGGCGGCUCCUCCUGCCCAGACACCACCGAAUGCCCAUCAAUGGCGAUCAGUAUGCAUCGAUUGAAAUUCGCUUCUUGAGCUAAAAAAAAAAACUCUCUGCUCAUCAGAGUGUUGAACCAUGCUGUGUUCUCAUUUCAUUUUCGCGUAAUUGCUUGGUGAUUUGUCACUUUGGAUGGCUGGGUUUAAACUUACUAGAGACUGAUUGUGAGUUGUUGGAAUCUGGUGCAUAUAGGAGUAGUAUGUGUGUGUCUGCACUCUGUACUGCUAAUUUGUUCUAUUAUGUCAGACAAUGUGUACAUAGGUGUCAAUGUCUCUAGUGUUCAUUUACUAGUUGUUGCUUGCAAGUUUGUGCAUGUCCUUCUCUGCAUAAUUGCAAUCUUGAAUCUUGAUUUCUUGUA